AUGCGCCUCCCUGCCUCAUAUCGACAAACGGGCGUCUGCAUUGGCGAUGUGGGAAUCAUCACUCCCGAAGGAGCAUUUGAUUGCUUGUUUAACAUAUGUCUCCCCAGAGACUACUCCGUCAACUCCCAUGUCCCAGAAAAUUUUGUGCCUUUUGGUGAAGCUGACCCAGACAGUGCUCACUCCCUUUCGCAGCAUCGUUACCCGAUAUUGGAGUACCGAAGUUUUUCAUCAGGCGCUUACCUUGCAAGCGAUAAUAUUCAUGCCAACCAAGCACAUCCAAAUAAUGGCAUGCACUUUAUAGCGUCAGCUCCUGAAGGAGCAAUUUUAACAAUGCCAAGGGGCGCUCAUUUACAGCGCUUGGCGAACCCCCAUCAGUUCGAUGGUUACAUUGCCGCCAAUGCCGAAAGUUGGUACAAGUUUGUGAACACAACCCUCAGACGUGGUGCUGAAAACGGCGAUCUACGUAUCGUUACUGGGUGCCACAAGAGUUCUGCGUGGGGAAUGGCUGCCGUCUUUCAUUCUUCACAGCAUGAGGCUAUACAAUCCCACAGCACACUUCGGUUCAAUGCAAUCCCACCCACACAAUCCCGUUCCGGCAAUCACCUAUACUUUUGGGAGGUUACGGGAUCUGUGCUAGCUAAAGUUGGCCCUGAUACCGGAGAUAAUGAUGGCCUAUUCGACGGUCAACAUUCGCAUGAAAUUCGAAACCAGUGCCUCUUUGUCACUACGCACUCGGUCUCCAUACGCCCAGAGGUUUGGGCCAAAUUAACUCCAGGAAGUUCUGUAUAUGGCGGUGGAGAGACAAGCGGGUCUUCGUUGUCUGUUCAUAAUACAAUGCCUGCGACCGAUCAGAAUCGAAGAUGGCCUUCCAGGUUUUGGGGACAGAACUUUAGGAUGAGGACUAGAGGAAAUGAUACGGUAGUUAUGAUACAAUCCGACUCCGGCGAGCCAAGUGAUAUUAUCCCUGACCACACUAAAGCUAUUAACGACAUCCUCCUCCAACAAGACCCUAAUAUACGUGUAGCUAUCACAAAUGAUAGUGAUUGGCUUGAUGUCUUAGGAAAGGACGACCCAAGUCUUGUUGAGCCUUCGGAGCUCUAUUCUCGAAUUAUUCGGAUAAAUGAUAUUCAAAUAAGACAUGAUGGCCUCGUACAUUUCGAGCUCAAGAAUACCAGUCCUGACAAAUAUCGAUCACUUUGCUUUGAAGACGAUGCAGAUACAAUUUUGCAGGCAUUGGAACAGGGAAAACGAGCUCUCGACCGAAUACUGCUCACCCAUUUUUCCGAUCUUCGCCAGCUGCCCAAGAUUUUGACCACUGCUUAUGUAUCUAAUAAAGGAAUCGAUGUUCCGGAGAUUUCUUCUCCUUUCUUAAUGGAACAUCCAGAUGCUCUUUUCACCUUUGAAAAACUCAUUGAAUCUUUGUAUUCAGAAGAACCCGACUCCAUUCCUCUACUACCAGAACGUAGCACAAGGUCUGAGCUCUAUCAAACACUGAGCUCAUCCCAACUACCCAAUUCAAGCCGUCAACGUUGCCUUACAACGCUCGCAAAUGCUACAUGGAAUUGUUAUCUUCAAUUUGGUCGUCCACAACAUUUGGACGAUGCCAUUUGGUUGUACGAGCAAGCCAUAAACCUUGCCCCGAUUACUUCCCCCCGUGGCCUUAUCCCUUUAUUUGGCGUAUGCUCCACUCUGUAUAGACGGUUUUAUCUCCAUCGAAAUCUUGGAGACCUUGUAAAUCUUGCCCGAUACAUGCAACGACAAAAUACCUCUGAAAUGGAAGAGGUAAUUAAUCGGCUGGCGAGUCAAGCUGCAGCGGCAACAACCUCUCAUCAACCAAACCAUGUUGUUCAGCAAGCAAGAUGGAAUAAUGACUAUGGUGCCGACCAAAAUAUAACUGGUAAUUACGGUGCACGAAAUUAUUCCAUCUCUCUUUUUUCCCGAAUUAAGAAACGUUUAAACAAGCUCUCCCAAAUCUCAACCAGUCAAAUUGUCACAAUAAACCCCCAACCAUUCGAGGCAAAUAAUUUGAAUUCCCCUAUCAAUUAUCAGACCAGAGAUUUGCAGGUGUUAGCCACUAAAUGGAUUCAGGACAAAGAAACCGCCACUUCUAUCUUAUGGUUCUAUGGGCCCUACGCAACUACAAUGGUUAAAGGCCUUGUAGAAAGACCUAGUAUUGAAUCCGACAUCGCUUCAACAUUUGAUUUUUCAGAUACAGCUGCAUGGUCCAACGAGGUCUACGACUUAUUCCCAACAAUUGCUGUUGAUCUUGCGUUCAAAAUCUCUGGCCUGUUGGAAUUCUAUAUGACAGUCCCCAGUAACAAAGAUCAGGAGAUAACAGAUUCGUCCUUAUCUAUGCAAUUUUGGGGACUUAUUAUCAAUCCACUCCUUCGUCACUGGCCGAAACAAAAUAUACACCAAUUUCCUACGACGAUAAUAAUCAAUGGCAUCGAUAAAUGUGGCUACAAAGUGGCAAGGCAUGUCAUUAACCUAAUUACAGAGGCCGUCGUCACGUUCGGCUUACCUCUUCGGUUCCUCAUUACGAGCAAUAAAAAUCGUAGACUACAAGACGUAUUCGAUGGACCGCUCUUGUCUAAAGUUUCUCGCCAGUUCUUUGUGGGCUCCCAAGCGCCCAACAUGGACGCGGUCAACAGCCCAUCGAGUUUACUGAAAAGCGCAUCCGUGAAACUUCCUUCAGACAUCUUUGACACAGUAGUAGAGAGGUCACGGGGACUUUCAGUCUAUGCUGAAACGAUUUUGCGAUUCAUUAAAGCCAGUGGAGAAGGUAACCCAAUGGCUAGGCUGACCUAUCUUUUAGAAAACGACAUGGCACUUAGGCACCCCGAAGAACUCACCAGUCCCUUUGCGGCUCUCGAUAAUCUCUUUAUCAAGAUUUUGUCGACCCACAGCAAUCGAAAGGAGCUCAUUAACGCUCUAGGUAUCUUGCUUGUGCUCGAUAACUGCGACCAUCCGGAGACAAUAUCCCAGGACAUCUUCGGAUUAUUGCCCAUGACCGGAUUUUUCAGCUCGGUCUUGAAUGUUCUUCAGCCUUUAAUGCAGCUCCCAAAAGUCAGUAAUUCAAACGAGCCUCAUGUACAUCCCUGGUUCGCAGUAAAGAUGAAAGUGCCCAGCAAAUACGAGAGGGAGCUGAAGAACCCAUACCUUGCUUUACCCUUUCUGUCCCUGUCUACGGCAAUAACCACAGCAUAUACCGUCCCUCUUGCCUUUCGAGACAGGGUCCAUGAUUCUUUUUAUGACUUCCUAGUGAAUCCGGAGAGAUCAGGCCCUUUCCAUAUCGACAUAAGUCACUUCCAUGGACAAGUCGCUGUAGCAGGGUUUGCUUUCAUCACACAUCAGCUGUGGCGUCGCUGCUUCGCUCCGGGGCAAGCAGAUAUGCCUGAGGCAUCAACAUUUUCACCAGAAACACUGGACUACCUCAAGAACCAUCUUCCGGCUCACUGUGCUCAGUGUUCUGAGAGUUUCCGCAAAAAGAUAAUCGAGCAUACGCAGAAUGCCAUAGAAAGUGCCUUAAACAACGAAAAAGAAAAGGCCCACUCAGAAGGGGCAUCAGUGGUGGAAGACUUCGUUACCAAAAUCUCUGUCCUCAUAACUAAACAUAAGGAGGAUUUGAUGAUCAAUGACUGGGACUCAUCUGUUGAGUGGUGUCACUAUACACGCCCUCAUGAGAAAUUACGACGCACUUCGAAAUCCAGAAGAAAGUUCUCGAGCACAGAACAUUUAUAUCCAACAGACGAGGGUUAUAGUCCGACAGACGAACGCCCAGAUUCAACAAGCAUAUACGAAGACUUUUAUCGGCUGAUGGACACUUUCAACGAUACCGUUAUGGUAUCCAAGCGCCCACGGAAGUUGCGCAGGUUGCGAAAGCUGAAAUGGCAGACUCGGUUCUCGGGAGGAAACUUUGCGUUGGAAGAAUUCACCAACACCGAAGGCACCGAAGCACGAUUCACGUGA